AUGGAGAUUAGUGCGGCGAAUAUCUCGAACAACGCUAUCCGCUCGUUCAUUAAGUCACUACCAGACUCUGUUUCGGCCGCGGAUAUUAUGAGCGAGUGCGGUGUCGGCGUAGGUAUCUUUUCAAUUCGACGCGGCGGGCGCCGAGUGCCGCUCGAGGGCGCUCGAGUGGCGGCGCGUGCUCGAGUGCCGGACGCGAUGCGCCUGCGCAACGCCCUCCCCUUCCCCCGGCCCACCUCACCUCACCUCACCCUCCCCUCCACCCCACUCCGCCCCCUGCUACCACGCCAGAAGAUGGUGACCAGGACAAAGAAAAUCUUCGUUGGGGGACUCUCAGCACCCACAACGCUGGAGGAUGUCAAGAAUUACUUCGAACAGUUUGGACCGGUGCCUUCAUUAGUGUAUUUGUGGAUAAACAUUGCUCAAACCCGGCGCGACCCGAGUUGGAUGCGUGUGCGGGCGGCCCGCAAAGUCGUAUUGGAUAUUGGAAUGCUUUCAUGCAUGCCACUGCGGUAUCGCGCGGGACCACAUUCACGUUUCCACGCCUGGUACCACGCCGUCGCCAGCUCCGGUGUGUGCGUGCGUGACGGCGGUACUUUCGGCCGGCCCGUCUCUCCCCACGUGCGAGCACCGAAUGCAAACUGUCUGAGAAUAUCAAAUGAGCCACUUAAAUGCCGAACACAAUGGCUACGCCCACCUGAAGCAAAGGCCGCGGGGACGCGUGCACGCAACGGCGCCGUAAAUGAAAGCCCGACCCGGCCGGGGCCGAAGGCUCAGCCGUUAGCUGCGAUAUCAACGGAGGCCGUAUAUCAAUCAGUUGUUACAACGCUCCACGGUUGUCGUUUAUCUUCGGGGCCGCUCGGAUCUGUCUGUCCGGAUUCGUGCAUUGUUCCGGCAUUAGCGGGGGCCCGAAACGGUGGAUGUCUGGAAUGCCGGCGCGGCGCGGCGCGGCCCUCCCGCUGCAUCGGCGCAUCGGCCCCCCGA